AUGCUGAAACUUGGACUUGUUCUGCUGCUGGCGGCCACUGUGUAUGGCUGUGGCACGCCCACCUACCAGCCCAGCAUCAGCAGGGUGGUGAACGGGGAGGACGCCCGCCCCUACAGCUGGCCCUGGCAGAUUUCGCUGCAGUAUAAAAGUGGAAGCAACUUCUAUCACACCUGUGGCGGCACCCUGAUCGCCCCCAACUGGGUGAUGACUGCGGGGCACUGUAUUGGGUCUCGCACGUACCGCGUGGUUCUGGGCGAGUACGACCUGACCCAGCAGGAGUACAACGAGCAGAUCAAGGACGUGCUGAGAAUCGUGGUGCACCCCGGCUGGAACAACAACUGCGUGGCGUGCGGCAAUGAUGUUGCCCUGAUCAAGUUGGCCUCCAGCGCCACCAUCAACGACAAGGUGCAGGUGUCCUGCAUUCCCCCUGAGGGCGACCACGUGGCCCACAACGAGCCCUGCUACAUCACUGGCUGGGGCCGCCUGUACACUGGCGGGCCCAUCGCCUCCAAGCUCCAGCAGGCCCUGCUGCCCGUGGUGGACCACCCUGUGUGCAGCCAGAGUGACUGGUGGGGCAGCACGGUGAAGCCUAGCAUGAUCUGCGCUGGGGGAGACAUCCGCUCAGGCUGUAACGGAGACUCAGGUGGUCCCCUGAACUGCAAGGGCAGGGAUGGCAGGUGGUAUGUGCAGGGCGUGACCAGCUUUGUGUCAUCCCGCGGCUGCAACACCAUCAAGAAGCCCACCGUCUUCACACGCACCUCCUCCUUCACCAAGUGGAUCACCGAAACCAUGCUGUACUAUUGAGGAGCUACUGACGAUACCCCUGGAUCUUUGGCAGACCACUUGUUAUAAAAACAAGAAGUCACCUGAAAA